UAUUCAAAGAAAAUUAUACGACUGUAUUAAACAAUACCUACUGUAACGUAAUACUUUGAAAGACAGAAGUAAAAGAUUGCUAAUGUUUACUAGCAAGGUGCGACUGAUAAAACGUACUGGAAAAAAUACUAUCGGUCGUUACGAGUUUUUAAAACUUCUAGCUACGGAAUUUAAGACCACUAAAUCUAAAGAGGCAAAAGAACAGGUAUUGGCGAACCUUGCCAACUUUGCUUAUGAUCCUAUUAACUACGGAUAUAUAAGACAACUUCAAAUAAUUGAUUUAUUUCUUUAUGCCUUAUCAGAAGACAAUGUGAAGUUAGUGCGUUUUGCCUCAGGAGGUAUUUGCAAUCUGUGUGUUGGAGCUUGUGAUAUAACAAACUCAAGGAAUGGCAUGAAAAAUAUAAAAACUGCAAAUGAAGUAUCAGUUUUUAAAACAAUCACUGGCGAUGAUAUAUUAAAUUUUGCUAAUUUAACCGGUGAUUAUAAUCCAGUGCACACUGGUUCUGCAAAUAAUCUUGUCCAUGGUGCUCUUCUUAAUGGCUUGGUAUCAGGAGUAAUUGGUACAAAGUUACCAGGUCCAGGAACUAUACUAGUGCAACAAAAUAUUACAUAUCCAAAACCAUGUUAUGCAGGAGAUAAAAUAGAAAUAAAAGUACAAAUUGUUUCUGUAAGAAAGAUCAUUAAAUGUGUGUAUACUUGUAUUGCAAAUGGGGAAAAGAUAGUUCUAAAAGGAGAUGCAAAACUCAUUAAAAAUUCAUGA